GAGGCGGGGGCGGGGCUCCGUCCGGGCUUUCUCUCCCCUCCCGCCGCGACUCCUCCGGCCGCCGCCGCCGCUACUGCGCCCCCCUCGUCCCUCCCGGCGGAGCGAUGCGCCCCAUGGAGGCGCUGCCUUGGGGGCUCUUCGUGUUCUGGGGCGCCCUGCUGGGCCGGCAGGUGCGGGGCCUCCGCUACAGCGUCCACUGGAACGGCAGCAAUCCCAGGUUCUUUGAUUCAGACGGAGGCUACGCCAUUCAAGUGUCCAUCAACGACUAUCUGGAUAUUUACUGUCCCCAUUAUGAACGGCCGCGGGCCACCGGAAAGCCGGAAUCCUUCACUCUGCUUAUGGUCAAUGCCGAAGGUUAUCAAGGCUGCUACGAAACUCCGGGAGCUUUUAAACGGUGGGAAUGCAACCGUCCUUAUGCCGCCUACGGGCCGGUCCGAUUCUCAGAGAAAAUUCAGAGAUUUACCCCCUUCUCACUGGGCAUCGAGUUCCAGAGUGGCCGUGAAUAUUACUACAUAUCAAUUCCUGCACCAGAGAGUCCUGGCCAGUGUUUGAAGCUACACGUUUUGGUCUGCUGCAAAGCCACCACCACCCCAGACCUUGCGACGGAGGCACCCAAAUCCCAGCCUCGAGGGAGAGGCGGUCCAGAGAAAGCAGUUGUCAUUCGUGGACGUGGUCCUGCCCCGAUCCAGCUUGGCCUCGCCUGCCUGGGUCUCCUGGUGGUGCCCUUUCUCUGGCUCUGACGGCAGGGAAUUCGGAUCGCGCGUCUCCCCCGCGACUCGGGCCGGUUAGGGAGCGCUGGCAGAGGGAUUCCUCCACCCCAUUGUUAUCCCCACUGCAAAGAUGCCGAUCGAUCACAUGACACUUUAGAAAUAACCAGAGACUCCUCUUCAACUCAACUUCAACUCAUCACAAAGCUGCUUUUUGGACUGAUGGACAGACAGCGUUCCCGAUACUGGACGUAUAGGGUGCACCUCUUUAAUCUGACAUGAUCCUCUCUGCUCCCAAUUCAGACUCUGGAGGAUCUUCAACGAGAGCGCGUUGCGUCUUGUUCCCACCAGAUGUCGAAGCUGUGCUUUCUGCCUCCAGGACCGGAUGGAGAUGUCCCCCCCCCCCUCCGAACUGGCUUCCUCACCCCGACAAGAAAAUUCAAAUUUGAGUCUCUUCCAGAUUUUGGGCUGAAAAUGAUCUCUCCGGGAUUGUACGCCAAAGAUAGGAGAUUUUUUUCCCUGUUUCCCCAGUUGGCGAUGACUUAAAACAUUGCUACUUUAAGAGAGAAGGUUGGCUUUGUAUACCCCACCUCAAAAUUUCCUCUUUGGGGUGAUGUUUGCCCACCCACCCCAUACCCCUGGACAGUGUCAGCCUCCCCGUGCUUUGUUCUCGACGAGAACGGACAGCUCCACUUUUUAUCUUCUGUGAAGAGACCAACUUCCCGUAGCUGGUGCGCUGCUCUCCUUUUUUUUUUUUAAACAUGUUUUUAAAUUGGGUGGUGAUCCCGCUCGUUCCGGGACCAUCAGCGACUGAGCCAAACAAUAAACCCGUUUUAGAAAUGAAGGUCCUUGUUUGCACUCCCGGGCUUCCUUCUCCUUCUCAUUGUCUCCCUUCCUGAGUCCUCGAAAGAAAAAGUUGGGAAAUGUGUAGGGAGGAGGGUAGGAGAGACAGGGAAGAUAUUGGGUAGAUGGUGACAGUGAGAACGAAGCGAAGAGGAUAAAAGAGAGUGUCGUUGAUAGCUCCGAAUGGGUAUUGCUGGUUCAUUGACUGACCGUAUUGCAACAUCUCUGCUUUUCUAGCCGAGGGGUACCCCCCCCCAAAAGUGGCAAACUUGCCAAGUUGAACCUCCAAACAGCCAUGCUGGUCUGUUGGGGGGGCACUAUCAGGGUUUGUCUCCUUCUCUAAUUCAGGCUAGCUGCGGCCUCUUUGCCUUAGGAGAUCCCAGCUGAUCAAAAGCAAAGCCAUUUUCCGUGCAUCUCAAACUGGGAUUUUAACCAAAUUCUUCCCUUUAUUAGAAUCUCUUUUUUCCCCAUCUGGGGUGUUUUGCAAAAAUAGCCAAAAAUUCAGAUUGGGGAGGGGGCCUCGCCCACCGCACUGCUGUUUGGUUUUUUCCAAGCAGGUGCCCUGUGCUGCUGCAGCUUGCAAAGGACCAAACUUGGAAAGAACGCAAAUAAUGGUUUAUGCAAACGUGGUUUGCUUCUCCCCCACCCCCCUAUGCCUGCCCAACGGCCCCCUCCACCACCACCCCUCUCCUCCACAGCCUUGUUUUGCCGCUCCCCGACCUUCCAGGCGGCUGGGAUUAAUUGCCGUGUUUGAUAUUGAGAUGUUAGGAAAAUGUCGGGGUGGAAGUUUUAAUUACAGAUCGGCUGCCAGCAAUUAGGGUGGAUUUUGCAUGCACGACGGGGACUGGCGGAGAUGCCAGCGCGGGGGCAACCACCGGACCCCGAUUCUCUCUUUGGCAAGUCACAUGGGGAGGGGGGUCUCGCUGUGGAGCAUGGGAUACAGUCCCUGUUUUUCGUACUUUGCCAACGGUAAAAUCUUCCUUUCCAUGGUUUUGUCCUCGUUCUUCCUGGGGAGGAAAUAAAUACCUGUCGUAAAAAAACACGGAAAGAAGGGUGUUCCCAUCGGCGAAGUAGAAUACAGCUCGACUUACAACCAUCAGUUCUGUUGCUAAGCGAGACAUUUGUGAGGGUGCCCCCUUUGACGAGCUUCCUGCCCACGGUUGGCAAGCAAACCCUUGCUUGUUAAGUUAGCCACGCGGUUAGUAAGUGAAUCCACCUUGGCUUGGCAGAAGGUCGUAAAAGCGGAUCCCCUGAGCCCGGGACACAACGACCGUCGUAGGUCUGAGUCAGUUUUCCAAGUGUUUGCAUUCUGAUCGCAUGACACAGUGCAGUACAGUAUAGGCAGGCGCCUGGCUUACAAUCAUUUGUUUAGUGACUGUUGAAAAGUGAAAAAAGGGACUUUUGUGAAGCUGGAUUCACAUUAACGACCGCCUGAUUCACUAAAGCACUGCAAUGAUUUGUUUAAGAACCAUGGCAAAUAAUAAUAAAAAAUUGCAAAAUUGGGACACGCCUUGCUUAAUGACUGCCUUGCCCAGAGACAAAUCCCGGUCUCUGUUGUCGUAAGUCAAGGACUGCCUAUGCAGCUUCUUUGAGCCUAGUUGAAGAAAUCAAAAACCGGUUUUUUUUCACUGCUGAGUAAAAUGUAUUGGCCAGCUGGCGCGUUGUCGGAAAUGCAAUGGGUUGUGUUCCAAAG